ACUACACGCCAACCAGCCUGUGAGCGGGACGCGACAAUCUCGGAUCUGUGGCGUACUCAACCAUGACUGACGGACGCUUUGCCCGCACCGACAAUAACUCCAGUCCAGUAAGCAACGUGUCUAGCACAAUGUCUCAACAGGCGGGCUCAAGUGCACCCAUGCUGAAUGUUCCUUAUGCCUAUUUCUAUGGUGGCAAUGUGAUGCCUGGUGGUUUCCAGUACGGCACGCCUGCCAUUUAUCCACAACAAAUACCGACGGCAAACACGGCAUCCGGUGGACAGUUCCCGAAGCCAUCGUACAGCGCGGGCUACGGCUCAACCAACUACGACACCCUCUCACAGACCACACAGGAUUACAGCAAGGGCGGCUACUCGACGAGCGUGAAUCAACAAACGAAAACCCAGAAGGUUUCCAACCAGCCGCAGGCGGGCACUGCCUCUGACCUGACCUCAUCGAUGUACGGCAAGGGCCACGUGGCGCUGAACAAGGUUAAUUCGUAUGAGAAGCAGAGUUUCCACUCGGGCACCCCGCCACCGUUCAACAUGGCCAACACGCAGACAGCGGGCGGUACCUCGGCCCAGCCGUACGGCAUGUACUUGCCGAUGCCAGCAGCCGGACACCACAAUAUGAUACAUCAGCCCAUACACCAGAUGGACGGCAGGAUUCAUAGCUCAUCCCGCCGGGACUCGAACAGCGCCGGCCAGCGCCAGCAGUCGAGCAGCCAGUCCAAGUCGGCCGGCAAGCAGGGUUACUCGCCCUCGUACUGGACCGGACAGAACUAGCUUCCGGAGAUCUGGCAGAUCGCUCUGCAGCCUGCCGCCUGCCUAGCGAGCGAAUUUUAUAGCCUCCGCACCACGCCCAUACACAUUUACAAGAACAAUCACAGCUACAACUACAGUAUCAGCAAUUCGGAAGCGUUGUCCGUAACCAAUACAAUGACAGCAGAAAUAGUGACCACUACAGAAGCCACCGCCGCAACUGGAGUCGCCACAGACGACGCCAACACAACCACGACCCCAGCAUCAGCCACCACGCCCAGUCAGUUAUUAUUGCUGUUCGAGGAGCAGUCACAACCAUAGCAGACAGAAGCCUAAUCCACACCCCAAACACACACACACACACACACACACAACCACAAACACACGCCGUUGAAGAGGCGAGCGUGGAGUCGUCGUCUUCAUCGGACGAUGACUAUCUAAUAUACGAAGAUAAGCGAUCAUACUUUACUUAAUAAGAAACGUUUUUACUACGAGCGCACCGAAAAAGGCCACGCCUCCUCCUUCAGCAUACCCAUGCCCCCAACCAACGCCCAUACCAUACCCGAGACAGGAGCACAGUGAGAGGAUGUGUGGCACAGGUGCAUCUAGGAUGCUACUCUCACGGACGCGUACACGCAUGAAUGCCACAUACAUACAUACAAACAAACAAGAAACAUACAGAAACAUCCGCAUUAAUAUACCAAGUACCAUUUUCACAUUGCAUACAAAGAUAAAGAGUAACAAUUAUUAAUUAUUAAAGGCGUAAAGCGAUGUAACAGAUUAGGUGCCUAAGAGGAAACAGAGCAGAAACCGAACAGAAAGCAGAACAGCAGAAGAGUAAAUUAAAAACUACGAGUAUAUAUAUUAAAGAGAACUAAAACAAAACAACAAACAUUACGUGGAUGAUAAAGAUAAAGCGAAAGAAAACAAAACAAACAACAGUUAUUGUAAUCGGUUUAAACUUAUAUGUAUAAUUAUAACCUUAAUAUUUAAACUAAAUACAAAAAAGAAGAUACGAUUAAAUCCAAACAAAUGCAAA